AUGCCGCCGCGGCUACCUCGAAGCUCCCUGCAGCAAUUGUUUGCGCCCGUCACAUCCUCACAGCUAUGCAGCAGUCCGUCCAGAAUCACCGUGACCACGGCCAUACGGUCCUUUGGCAUCAAACCUAUGUAUCCCCCCAAAGUCAGCCUUAAACCGCUCGAUCCAGACGUGCCGAUUCUCUCAUCACAUCCUAUUGCAGCUCAUCUGCGAAAAGCUGCCACCCUCCCUCUUCGAACAGGGGCCCUCGCUAUCAAGAAAGGAAUGACGGCCAUCUACGACCCCGAGACAGGCGUGCGGACUCCCUGUACUGUUCUCCAAUUAGAUGGCGCCCAGGUCAUUUCACACAAGACGUUUGAGAAGAACGGAUACUGUGCUGUCCAGGUCGGGUCUGGGCUUAAGAAUGAGAGAAAUGUGACGAGACCGAUGCUGGGUCAUUUCAGUGCAAACGGUGUCUCGCCAAAACGACAUAUACAUGAAUUCAGAGUCAAGGAUGAGACUGGACUAUUACCAAUUGGAGAAGUUAUUAAUGCCGAUUGGUUCCAAGAGGGUCAAUAUGUUGAUGUUCGGUCAAACAGCCGUGGAAUGGGAUUUGCCGGUGCUAUGAAGAAAUGGGGUUUUCACGGUCAGGAUAGAAGUCACGGUGUCAGUUUGACGCAUCGUUCUCUUGGUUCUACAGCUCCUUCUCAAGGCGGUGGUUCCAGAGUAUACCCUGGGAAGAAGAUGCCUGGACGGAUGGGAAACCAUCAGGUAACACUGCAAAGCUUGAAGGUGUUGAAGGUUGACGCUGAGAAGGGCAUUGUUGUUGUUAAGGGGGGGGUUGCUGGUCCCAAGGGACGCUGCGUCAAGAUCCAAGACGCAAUCAAGAAGCCAUGGCCGAAAAUCGAGGCUGCACAGCCUGCAGCAGCUAAGGAAUGA